CCAGGACCCCCAUCGUGUUGGCCCUCCUGCUUGUUCGGGCAUCGCGAGCUUCACAUAAGUACCGGGCUAAGGUUAACCUGGAGCGUCGAUCCAGACUGCGGAGGGCGUUUCCUAGACGCUCAUUGGUCGACAAGAUCCGAGUUGCACAGCUUUGCAAUCAGACAUUGCCAUGCUAUGCCGAUAUCCGGGCGCGAAAGAGAGAGAGAGCGGAGAGUCAGGCACUGGGAAAUGUCUGCGUGUGAUGGACCAGGGGCCGGGAUACAACCUGCAUGUUCAGACGACGCAGAUUGA